GAAGAUGCUGAUUGGCUGGAUAGGCCAACCUGGGUCCUAGUUGGCCGAGCUCUCCCCGGAUGGAAGCUCCGGCUGCGGAGUGAUGGUGGCGGCCGCGAACAUGGGCCGGGCAGGGACCAUGGCGGUGCCAGCAGAGGUGGCAGGGGCGGGGCAGCUGGCGGUAGAGGAGGCUGUGGUGUUCAGGGGGCUGUAGGUGGAGGCAUGGCUCGGGCCAGCAGCGGGAACGGCAGCGAGGAGGCCUGGGGGGCACUUCAAGCGCCGCAACAGCAGAGUCCAGCAGCGUCUUCUCUUGAGGGAGCAAUCUGGAGAAGAGCUGGAACCCAGACUCGCGCCCUGGAUGCCAUCCUUUAUCAUCCACAGCAAUCCCAUCUGCUUCGAGAGCUGUGCCCAGGAGUGAACAACCAGCCCUACCUCUGUGAGAGUGGUCAUUGCUGCGGGGAGACUGGCUGCUGUACCUACUACUAUGAACUCUGGUGGUUCUGGCUGCUCUGGACUGUCCUCAUCCUCUUUAGCUGCUGUUGCGCCUUCCGCCACCGUCGAGCUAAACUUCGGCUGCAACAACAGCAGCGGCAACGUGAGAUCAACUUGUUGGCCUACCAUGGGGCAUGCCACGGGGCUGGCCCUGUCCCUGCCGGUUCACUGCUUGACCUUCGCCUCCUCAGCGCCUUCAAACCCCCUGCCUAUGAGGAUGUGGUUCACCGCCCAGGCACACCACCACCUCCUUAUACUAUGGCCCCUGGCCACCCCUUAACUGCUUCCAGUGAAUGCACCCGCUGUUCCUCUGCACCCAACUGCCCUGCCCACUGCGAGGGGACAAACGUGGAAGGUGUUUCCUCCCACGAGAGUGCCUCCCCUCAUCAGGAGAGUGAGCCUAGGGCAAGGGUCAGCCCAGCCCACACACCUCCCUCUUGCCGCUAUCGUCGCCUGACUGGUGACUCGGGUAUUGAGCUCUGCCCUUGUCCUGAUUCCAGUGAGGUUGACCCAAUCAAGGAGGUGAGGGCUAGUGCCAUCCCACCAGAUCUGGAGGACCAGUCCCCUUGUACACUGCCCCCAGACCCCUUGCCACAGGUCUCUCCCAUGGGGCUGGCUUCCAGUGAAGGGGACAUCCCAUAAGUAGUUUUGGGAGGGUGGGUGGACCACUGGCUUUUCACAAACAGCCCUGGCCUCAAAUUCCUCCUUGGUUCCUCCCUGCCCUCCUAGAAUCUGCCUGAAGGGGCUGGAGCCCUGAGGAGAGGGGCAGUAUUGGGGGACUGUGCUAGUUUUGCCCUCCCCAAAGACAUCCACAGGAGCCUUUGAUCUCAUUAAAGAGAUGUGAACCA